GCGCGAGGAUACCAUAGAUCUGCGCGUGCGCGACGGCGGCUGCCUCAGACAAAACGUGCCGCCUUUUCCCCCAGGCCAUUUUAAGAAAGCUGGGGCUUUUGCGCAUGCGCAGGUUUAAUUAAAAAAAAAGGCUGGCGACGGCAGUGCUUUAAACAUAGAGAUAGUAAAAGUGUAGAGUGCCACAGAUGAAGCUGGCAUUUCAAAAAUUUUAAAUGAUAAAUCCGCUCAGAAAAAAGUUUCGAUGCGAAAGUACCGUCGCGAGAGAUGAGAACUCCAGGAAUAAUCUAGUUUGACCACCACUUAAAAUGCUAUGGAAUUAUGGGAACUGUAGUUUUGGUGAGGCACUUAGCCUCAUCUGUCAGAGAGACGUCUGGUGUCACGUUAAACUACAAACCCCAGAAAUUCCAUUAAAAUGGAGCCCUGGAAGUUAAAAGUGGUGUCAAACUGAAUUAUUAUCCCUGCAGUGCGGACACACAGGCAGCCAGUGCCAGGAAAGCCUCAAAUUAUGUGACUUCUACGGGAUUUAUUUGACGGCCUAAACGAGCGACCAAUGGCACGAGCAUCCACGCAGUGACGUCACGGAGGGGAAGGCGGGACGAAGCUCACGGCAGCCAAUGAGAUUCGAGCGAGGAGAAAAGGGCGGAAGAGGGACGAAGGGGUUGCGCGCAUGCGCGGGAAAGUCAAUGUCAGGCAUUUGCUGUUUUAAGGUUAUCUCUUGUUGCUUUUUAUAUGAGGGUUUCUUCCUCCUUUCCUUGAAUCGUGACGAAGGUGAAUUUGGCCUUUCCCCCCCUUGGUCCCAAGAGGAAGAAGCCUUAGUCUGAUGCUUUGUCUGGCUCGGUUGGCCCUCAGGGCUGGGGUUAUAGGUCUGCCGUCCCGCGGGAAGGCCUCCCUAGCCGCCAGGAUGGUGAAAUACCGGAAGAUGCGUAAACCGACGGAGCCGAAAGACUGGGCGGUGGAUUAUCGGGAGCGAUACAUCCCCUUGUCCAAGGACCAAAUGGUCGAUGCUCUAGUGAAGGAAUUCCACUCCUCAAGCCUUACGGAUCGAGAAUCGUUCCUGGCGUUUGUCUCUCACGUGGAUUCCUCUCUUCUACGCCAUUACCACUCUAUACGAGAGCAGUUAACGGUUCUGUAUACACCUAUUAAUCCUGACCGGGACACCCUGCACGAGUUCUCUUUGACAGAUGCUGAACGGUUAGCAACAGAACAGAAGGUCUUGGCUAAGAUGGAACCUCUGCUGGACCAGGCCAACUUUAACAGCUUGUCAGAUGAAACACUGGCCUAUGCCCUUGUGGUUCACCACCCUCAGGAUAUGGUCCAGGUGACAGUGAAUUUGGAUCAGUAUGAAUACAUGAAAUUCUGGGCUCUUGGCCAACGGACAGGUCCUCUGCGUGUGUUAACAACCAUUCCUACCCCAAAGAGAGGAUUCUUUGGCACAACUCGGAUUCCAGCAGACAGGCGCUACUUCAAACGGGUGAUAGUGGCUGCUCGGAUUAAGAACGCCCACUUGAUGCUGAAAUGCUUUAAGGACAUUCCCCUGGAAGGCCUGGAGCAGCUGUUACCAGCUGUCAAAGUUCGCACCUCCAUCUUCUACAGGGCCCUUCUCAACACCAUGCUCAUAGUGAGCGGCUUAGCAGUCUUUGUCAACGUAGGGAUGGUGAUCCUUUCUGAUUUAAAAAUCGGCACGACCACACUGCUGAUUUUCUUUGCUGCUUUAAUGGCCUUUCGUGCUUGGAAGGUCUUUGGCCAACGCCGAAACAUUCACUCCCUUGAGCUGGUGCAUAUGUUGUACUACCGCAGCACAUCCAACAAUUCCGAGCUUCUCGAUGCCCUUACUCUGCGUGCUCAGGAAGAGCAUGCCAAGGAAGCAAUCUUGGCACACAGUUUUCUCCUCCAGCUGCAGAGACAGCAGCAGCAUCCAAGCCCUCUGCUGGUCAAUCCAGACUCGAAAACCAUUCAAUGGCUGAAGCAAGAGGUUCAGGCUUGGCUACACCUCCGCUCUGGACUGGACGUAACCUUCGGUGCUGAACGUGCCUGCAAACAUCUUAGGGAACUGGGAGUUGGGAGUACAGGUCCUCCUACAGCUAAACCCCACCCUGUGUGAUGGGGUAGGAAGCCCCUAUGAUCAUUCUAGCCAGCACUUUGGUUUCUGGGUGGUCAGGGUCCUGGCAUAUUCCCUAAUUCUGAGUAGACAAGUUCAGAUGGCAUGAGCAUAAGAAGACUUGUUUUUGCAGGGGAUUAUUGGAGUGUGCCCAGGAGCACAGUUGUUGAUGCUGAACGGAUAACCCAGAAACCCCAGGAUUUCUCCUACUGGGUGGUAGUUGUCUGGAUGCACAUCACCCUCAAGAAAUUAUCUUGUGAAACACAAGUGUGUAACUCUCUGAGCCAUAUUACACCUUAGUCUUAACUGUUUGGGCAAGUUUGUGUGUUAGGGGAGGAGGAAAACUUGCUUUUAAAAUUUCCCAUCUUGUCUCAAAGCACGUAUACUGCAGUUACGGCUUUUUAGCUGCUUUUUUUCUUUCUCUGAGGAAUAAGGGAUAAGAGUGUUUUAAAGGACUGUUUAUGUUUGAACAGAGGCUGGCAUGAAGCGAUGAAUCUCUUGCAUUUAGGGCAAGAUGGGUUUUCUUAAUAUCUUUUGCUUUCCUGCUGGGUUCUUUUUUUAAAAAAAAAGUUUUAAAUUAUUCUAUAGCACUUUGAAAUAUGCAACUUGCACUUGUGUCGACUUUGGAGAGCAUGCUGCAUGCUGGGCUCUUGUUUUGCCUGCUUAAUACAGGUCACAAGAACUGAAAACACUGCAGUAAGCUCAGGCAGUGGUCUAGUGUCUUAGGAAAAGACACUGCACAUGUUCAGAGGCACCUUUCUGUGUUAUCUGCUGUUGUAAGGCUUGGACCCCACAUUGAGAACACAUUGUAGGGCUUGUCACAGACUUAAUGGAUAAAUAGAGGCUUAAAUCUAGGAGGUCUGAUUUGAAGUCCUAAUACUCUAUCCCACUGGACUAUGUUGUUGCUCAUAGUGAUUUGGAACCAGCAGUCCAGAAGUUUUCUUAGGUAUGACGAGAAUGUCAGGAAUGCCCAUUGAUUAGAUUUGAAACUGAGACAGUUCUCAUCCUGCUAGUUAUGUACUCUAAAGUCUUAUUCUGCUCCCAUAGAUGGGACCUUUCACCUUGAUGUCUUAAUGCAUGCAUGGAGAAAUGCAUGUGCAUGUAUGUACUUGGAAAACUAGUCCUUUUCCCUGAAGAAUGUACUUUUAACUGUGUAAGCAGAUGUAAAGUUAAUUGUUGGCUGUACUGAGGCCUCUUCUCUUCCUAGUCAUUCUCCUGAGCGCUUCUGUACUUUAAGGGGAGUUUUAUCCAAGAGGCACAUGGGCCAAGUGUGUAUUUUUACCCUCACAGAGCAGGGUAAGAUGCAGCACUUACCAAAAGUCUCCAUGACAUGUCACCACAGGGCAGCCUCUACUAUAGAAUUGAAUGCAAUGAAAAAAUGAAUGAGAUGGUUGCUGUUUCUGCUCUGGUCAGUCUGUUGUAAGAUCCAAAAGUAACAAUAGAUAGUGUUUCUGCAACCUUUCAGUUACAGUACUAACCUGUUCAUUAUGGAUUCCUCUGCUCCUAAUAGACCUGUAUUACUUUCUGCAGAUAUUUGCUGUAAAAAGGCAGAAUAGGGCUUCCAUCUUGUGACUUUCUAUACAUGGAUGUGGAAAGACAUGAAUCCUACAAGAAUGGGGAUCAACCUGGCUUUAAGCCUGAGGCAGUCACCACUAAAGUGAAUGCAGAGUCUUGAAUCAGAGCAGAUUCUUUUUUCCCCCAUUCAGGAUGGAAUUAGUUAUGGCUUGGGAGGAGGUGCAUGAAAGCCUACUGUAUCUUCAGUGCAAUAAAAGUAUCCCACCACCACCACAAGCUUUUAUCUACUUAUUUUGGCCCAUUUUCCAUUUGCUUGGUCCAACAGCGGGGGUAAGAAACAGGGCCCUAUGAAUUUUGUUAGAUUCCAGUUCCCAUCAAACCCUAACAGUAUGGCCAUUUGUCAGGGAUGCUGGGAUCUCUAGUGCAUCAGAAUCUGGAGGGCUCUAAGUUUGCCCUCCUAUGUCUGUGAUGCCUUCAUGGAAUUAUAGCUAAAUAAACCAUAAAGGAUAGCAAUGAGUUUUUCUGGUAAGACACUGGCUGACAAAACAGUGAGUCAGAAUCUCUGUCUCUUCCCCACCCACACCCUCAAUGUAACUAGGGCCUUGCUCUGCCACCAAAACCAGUGCACCCCUAUACCUUCCUGUCAUUAAAUGUAGAGCUUUUUCUGUGGGAGGACACUUUUUGAAUGCUGAUACCCAGCAUCCACCAGUAUAGCUAUUGGUCAUUCUUCCUCUGGGAUGUUACAGGCUGUAAUCUAAAAUGACUUUUUCAAGCUGUGCUUUUGAGUUACCAGUAGACAGAUCAGUUGCCCUCCAUGAACUCUCUCUGUUUUAUUUAUGGCAUUGUUAUACCAGAGUUGGGCAGCUGACUGAGGAAGGUUAUUCUGAAAGCAAUAUUAAAACGCUAACGAAACUCCUGGUUUUCUGUGACUCCUCAUAAUUUUGUGUUUCACUUACAGUGGCAUCGCAUGAGUUUUACUCAGUCCCCAACUCAGUUUUUUCCUCCCAGUUGCUUCUGUUUUAGUUAGACCUAUGUAUGAAUCCUCACAAGGACAGACAGGAAUAUAUGGAAGCUGAGGUACUCCUGGUUCUUGUGGAGUGGGGGGAAUGGAACAUGUCAUUUUAGGCCAUGAUCAUUGCCACAUAUAUUCUGCUUGUGUUCCUGUUGCCUUUUGUUAUCAUGGGCAGCCAGAAGGUUUGCCUUACAGUUGCCCAGACUGUUAUGGGUAGCCAGAAGAUUUGCCCUUACAAUUGUCCAGACUAACAGUUGACACCAUAAUCAAGUGGUUAGUGGGGAGAUUAUUUACCACCUUUAACAAUGUUGUUCUUUGCUUUCAUGAAAUAUCUAAUUGCAGCCAACUGAGCAGUGGGACAGUCAUGGUGUAUACAUCACUUUCACGGUGAGAUAAAUUGUCCAAGAGGACAGGGCUCUUGUGCCUUUAAGCACUUUGUGGAAGAGGGGGUUCAGCAGGCAUAGCUUGCAUGGGAGAGCCAGCGUGGUGCAGUGGCUUGAGUGUUGGGACUAUGACCCUGGAGAGCAGGGUUCAAAUCCUGGCUCAGCCAUAGAAACCCACUGGGGGACCUUGGGCAAGUCACACUCUCAGCUAUAGG